AAUUUCACAAUUCCUUCAUUUUUUUCACUACUUUUUCCAUCCCCAAUUCAACAAUUACCAGAACAAACCUCACAAAAAUCUCACACCUUCUUUCACCAUUUCCAAUUUUGUCGAUUGAGUACAACAUUGUUGAAGAACCGACUUUUUUGUUUGUUUGAGAUGAGGAAUUUCGAAAUCUAGGCUACUUUUUCUGGGUGGGUUGAGUGGAGGAGAGAGAAAGAUAGUGUGGAAGACGAGAUGAAGGAUGUAGUAGGAAGUCCAGGGACCAAGACUGGAUUAAUGUUAAGAGUUGGGCAGUGUGGAUUUGCUGCUGCUUCAAUUGGUUUUAUGGCUUUAGCUGCUGGAUUCUCCUCCUACACUGCUUUCUGUUAUUUGAUUGCAUCUAUGGGGCUUCAAGUGCUAUGGAGCUUUGGACUUGCUUGUCUGGAUGCCUAUGCCUUGAGGAUAAAGAAAGACAUUCAGAGUCCAGUCUUAGUGAGCCUGUUUGUUGUUGGUGACUGGGUGACAGCUACUUUAUCGCUUGCGGCUGCAUGCUCAUCAGCAGGAAUAGUUGUACUGUAUGCCAACGAUCUAUCCCUGUGCAGAACAGAGCAUCUUCCUUGUUUGAAGUACCAGUUGUCUGUAACAUUUGCAUUCAUCACCUGGUUUCUUAUUGCCUUGUCUUCAUAUCUUAUGUUAUGGAUUUUGGCCUCUGUCUGAAAUUUCAAUUGACCAAUUUGACGGUGGCUUGUAGUUGUGACAUGAUGAUGAGUUCAGCGCUCUUUUAUCUAAUCUGUAAAUGUGCCCAUUAUAUUCUCUCAUUGUAAGCUUCGACACCUUGUUGCGAUGAUUAUAUGUGCAGUGGUUCGAAAACUUCAACACGA